AACAGAAGAGAGGCCCGGUUUCUCAACCAUGCAGUUAUAUCACCAUCCUUACUCAUUGGAUAGCCAAAGAGUGAGACUUGCUUUGGGAAAAGGCAUUGAUUACACAUCAUUCCAUGUCAAUCCCGUGACGGUCAAGAACAUGGAUGCCUCAUUCUUCAGGAGGAAUCCGAGUGCAAAACUCCCGGUUUUCCAGAACGGGCACCAUAUCAUUUACAACACCAUUGAGAUCAUUCAGUAUGUGGAAAGAAUUGCACUAGUCUCAUCAGGGAAAGAGAACAUCCCUUCAAGUGGCGGAGAAGUGACUGCAUGGAUGCACAGAAUAAAACAAUGGAACCCCAAGUUCUUUACGCUUUCUCACAUCCCAAAGAAGCACCGCGAUUAUGUCUCUAAGUUCAUAAGGCAGGUGAUUAUUGCUCGAAUGGCGGAAGCUACUGAUCUAGCUGCUGCUUAUCACGCCAAGUUAGUCCAAGUGUACGAGACAGAAGACAAGUUAAAAGACCCUGCGGUUUUGAAACAGAGCAAGGAACAGUUAAUAAGACUUCUUGAUCAAGUCGAAAAAAAGCUGAAUGAAUCGGCUUAUUUGGCCGGGGAAGAGUUUAGCAUGGCGGAUGUGAUGCUCGUUCCUGUGCUGGCACGGCUAGUGAUGUUGAAUUUGAAGGAAGAGUAUAUAGAUAGCCGGCCGAACACGGCUAAAUACUGGAUUAUGGUGCAGCAGAGGCCUAGUUAUAAGAAGGUGAUUGGGAAGUACUUCAGUGGGUGGAGGAAGCACAAAACAUUUAUUAGAACUUGGUGUUUUGUUCACAUCAGAACCAUUCUAAGGAGAUUUUGAUGCUGUAAAAACCACGCAGUUGCAUUACAAGCAAAAUAAAUGUUAAUUCAAAUGUAUGUAUAUUUUCGGGUUGGAAGCCUGCUCGGAAUAAUUUAUGUACAUAUACAAGCAUAAAAUUUUAUUUGUGUUA